UUGUCCGAGCCGACAGAAGAAAUGUCGAAAUUCGGCGCUCUUUUUAAAUGCUGCUGGAUAUUAUUACCUUAUAUUUAAUGAAAAUGUUUAUAUAUCUGUGCUAAGACAUAGGUGGGAGGCGGUUUACAUGACUAAUGUUCUAAUUACUAUACUAUUACUGUAUUUAUUUGUUUCCUUUCGAUGAAUGUGUGGCACCAGUCACUGUGACCAGCAGCAGUAGCCGGUAAUUUUUAAUUAAAAAAAAAAAAAAAAAAUACAUGUGUUAUUAUUAGAACAGGAAAUUUAUAAUUUACUGUGAUACUACAAUGCGGACUGAGUAAUUGGUUACAUUUUUAAUAUGCUUUUGUUUAGUCGUGUAGCAGGCGAGACGCUGUCACAUCUCUUCUUGACAUUCACAUGAGAUCUGUUUUGAAUUGAAUGUUGUUGAAUUACAUCGCUUUUUUGUUGCGUUACCGUCAUGGUUAUUUCUUCCCGCAUGCUGAAAUAGGAGUUUGGAGCUUGUUUGGAAAGCUAUGGCCAGUCUCGUUGCUAUGGCUUCUGUGACUGAAGACUUUGAGACACAGCCAUGCAAGAAAGAAAGAAAAGAUGGCGAGACUUCUUCUGUUAAGACAAUCACAAACUACUUUCAGCCAGUGCCUAAGCCUACAGAGAAGCCAUUCUCACCCCCUAAGCCCAAUAACAUCUUAGAUUACUUUAGGAAGACGGGUAGCACUCUGGAGAAGACUGACAUUUCUGAUCUGGCCAAAGAGAACAGGAAGAGUCCCUCUGAAUUACAAGAUUGCAGAGAAACUGCUGUAAAGUCAGUCAAGAUCGGGCGUCUCAAAAGAAGUAAAAGGCUGAGUAAAAAACUUUCUUUCAGUAGAGGAGCAAAAGAUCUUGAGACAGAAGGCCCAUCAGAAGUCAUAAGAGUGUCAGAGUCAGAUUUUUCCAGUGAUGGGCAGCUAUCAGUAGGUGACAUGAAGAGGAGUUCUACAGUAUUUGGCAGUGACACCGCCACUUUUCUGGCUCAGAUCAGCACUGAGGCUAUAGAUGGACAAGAGUCUCUUCAUGAUGAGACUUUCAUAGUGACAGACACAUGUUCAGAAAAGAAACCUCAAGAGAAUUCAGACAGAAAAGGUUCUGUGAAUCAGAAGGCCAAAAGUCUACUGGACACCACAGCGAGUCUGGAAUCUACAAAAAGUGGUGGGAAAAAGAGCAAAUACACUAAGGCUGACUGCAAGCCUGAUGCCGUGUUGCCAAAGCAGGAUUUGCUUAAAGCUCAGGAACCUGAUCGCUCCCUCUCUGACAGAAACCUGGAGGCUAAUGUGGACAAGGCCUCUCCACUGAAUGACAGCACUGUGACCAUCUCAUUUGAGGAGUUUCUUCAAAGUCAAAAUCAGGAUGAUGGUAGUUCCAGUUUUGACACCAGUGACCAUAUCAAUGAGGUGUCAAAUACUACUAGUGAGGAGUUCAGUUCCCAAAAAGUGUCACCUCGUACCCUCACUAUCCAGGCAGAGGUGCACCCUGUCUCUCCAGAACAUGAAAUGGUUAACCCCAGAAUGAGGCAACUGGCAUCCAUAUUCACCAGGAGAUUGGUGCAAAGUGGUAAAGGGAGUAACUCAAAGAGCCCUAGCCAUCCUUGGGAAGAUGCAGAUAUUCAGCCUACUCCUAAGCGAAAGUCUAAUGUGGUGCUGCAAGAGGAGGACCUGGUGCUGGCUGUCAUUGAGGCUGGCUCCACGCCCAAGUGCACCCAAACAGAGAGGAAACAGUUCAUGAAUGCAUUCAAGCAGCCUACUUUAGAGGCUGGCAAAGCAAAACUCAGGAAGGGUCCUUCCAAACAGGAAGCGGCAAAUAACAAAACUGUCAUGCUUCCUGAAGAAGAGACUCUGACCUGCAAGAAGGUUUCAAAAGAAGAAAAGGCCCAGCUCGAGGAUGUUUUGUUUCGAAAGAAGGGACACAACAAGCUUCAGAGGGGAGGCAAGAAAAAGGCAGGAGAAGAAUCCCCACUUCUCCUCCCAGCUUCUGAAGAAAAGGCAGUAUCAGAGGGAGGUGGAAAGGCUGAAUGUCCUGAUACUGCUGGGGAUCAUACCAUCGCUCCUGUAGAGACCACAGCUCUCCGGAGGUCUACCAGAGGGAGAGCACAAGAAAUGACCUCUGAGCAAAGCACACCCACGCAAUCUCCCAUGACAAGGAGCUGCAAUAGAUUGAAAAAUCAGCAGAAAGGUAAAGAACCCUCCCAGGGCAGUCUCACAGUCACAGCCACACCCAAGAGACACCUGAGCAAGCACAGGAUGUACAGAGUAGAGAUGCUCUCUCCUCCAGAUGGUAAUAGCAGCCCAAUAAGGAUGAGGUUCCAAUAUGUAUCUGAACAAAAGUCUGGUGAUGCAAGUGAUUUUGAAAUACAAAGUCCUUUAGUUAUUCAGAAAUCAGGUCCAUCCAAGAGCAGAAAACAGGCUAAAAAGUUGGUUGAGAAAGCAAAGGCUCUCCAACAGAAUAAGAAUGCAGCAGCUGCAGAUAAUAAAUGUACCUUACGACGCUCCACGAGAAGUGCAAACCUCCAGAGGAAUUCUCAUUCUGAUAACAAGGACUCUGUGGUGUGUUUGGAAGAAAAACAGGAGGGCUCUAGUCCAACUGUCAACAAAAAGGUCAAAGGUCAAAAACAGCUGCGCACUUUGAAUGAGGUUUUGGGGAAAAAAGCAACAAAGGGCUCUAUAGUUUCCAAGAUUGCUCCUGUGUUUCUUGGGAAAAAGAUGCAGAAACCCGCUGCAGUAAUCUCAAUAUUUGAUGAGAGCAGUUGUGAUUGGUCAGAGAAUUCCCAGGACGAUGAACAUUUCAGAGCCCGGAGGGAGUUCCUGAAGAGCGGCCUUCCAGAGUCAUUCAAAAAACAGAUUGCUAGGACUGCAGCCAGUCGAGAUGCCUACUCCACAGCCUGCACCUCCUUCCAGCCUGUUGUGCACGUGCUACAGAGGUCCCCAGGCUGUCCUCUUUGGAAUCUUCCAUGGCCUGGAUCUCUCAAACAACUGGAAAAAGCACGCUUUGAUGUCUCAAAACCUGUUCUGUCCCUGGGACAGACGCAUUACACUAAGACUCAGCCUACCUCAAGAGCCAACAUCAACAAGGGCACCGGCUGGAGGGAGGAAUUCUCAGAGCCUGUCCGAAAGUGCCUUGUGGAAGAGGUCAGAGCGUCCAACCCACAGUUCCCAGUCCAGAAGUUUCUUGCCUGGUUUCUAAAGAGGCGUGCUGAACACCUUUUACAGUGUGCAGUCUCAGAGCCAGACAAGAGUCACAAAGCUGUCAGUACUCCUGCCCUCCCUGAGCCUGCUGGAAGGAAGCGGAAGCGUGGGUCACAAAACGAUGGAAAAGUUGGAGGCACUAAGCGUCGACGGUCCAGCCGAGGGGAUCCCAUUGUCAUUGAGGAUAAUUCUGCAAAGGAAGACGCAACUUCUAUUGGAAGUCGGCUGAGCCGAAGUCGCACGCAGAGGAAGCAAGAGACUGGAGGCCUAGUUUCAGGGAGCACACCUGUUCAGAAUUGUUCUGCAAUAGUGCUUGAUGAUAGUCUGCCUCCACCAGAGAAUUUUCAGAAAGGAGGCUUUAUGAAGGAGGAUGUGCUGUGGACGGAGAAAUAUCAGCCACAGCACUCCAGUGAGGUCAUUGGGAACAUGGCUGCCGUGAGGAAACUUCACAGCUGGUUAAAGGAGUGGAAGCAGAGGGCUGACAGUGAAGAGGGGAGAAACCAAAGGGACAAGAAACGUGGGGAUAACAGCAAUGAUUCUUGGGAUUGUGGCGACUUCCAGGGGGAGGAAGCACUGGAGAUAGGCGAGGACCCACUGUGCAAUACACUCCUGAUCACAGGUCCCCCAGGGGUGGGGAAAACAGCUGCAGUGUAUGCCUGCGCUCAGGAGCUAGGCUUCAAGGUUUUUGAGGUGAAUGCAUCAUCUCAGCGCAGUGGGCGUCAGAUCCUGUCCCAACUGAAAGAAGCUACGCAGUCCCACCAGGUGGACCUCCAGGGAGUUGGGGCUCUGAAGCCAUCCUAUUUCAACAGCCAGAGCAACAGCUCCACCAGAAGUGGCACUUCUCCAAGAAAGGGCAAUUCUCCUGGGAAGGUGGUCUCAUCUCCUAGGAAGGUCCCGCAGUCCCCUCGCAGGACUGGCCACAAAAAGAACAGGCUGGCUCCUGUUUCAUUGGUCAGCUUUUUUAAGACAGGCAGUCUCAAGGAGAAGAACCCAGGUGGUGAGGACAGCUGCCCACAGAAAGACACAAGCACUUGCUCUGUCAGACCAAAAACAAAGGAGAGCAUCAUAAAAGGCAAGGAGAACACAAACAAGUCCCUGACUGACAAGGAGGAGGUGUCAGCUGAAGAGCAGAGUAAAAAGACUGCCACAUCACUCAUUCUGUUUGAAGAGGUUGAUGUCAUAUUUGAGGAGGAUUCAGGAUUCCUUGCUGCCAUCAAAACAUUUAUGACUACAACCAAGAGACCAGUGAUCCUAACCACCAGUGAUCCUAUAUUUAGCAUAAUGUUUGAUGGCAGUUUUGAAGAAAUCAAUUUUAAGAUGCCAUCAGUGGUGAAUGUGGGCAGCUACCUGCAGCUGCUUUGCCUGGCGGAAAAUGUGAGGGUUGACGCGCAGGAUCUGUUCUCGCUGCUGGCCUGGAAGAAGUGUGAUAUCCGGCAGUCUAUGUUGCACCUACAAUUCUGGGUGUGCAGUGGCGGGGGGCGUCCAUCUGCCCAGCGACUCCUGGCUCCAGCCUCUGACAUUAGAGAUGAUGAAGGGGUGUCUGAACUGACUGGGGAGGCAGAGAAACCCACUGAGGAAAAAGGCUCAGCAGCAGAUCCACCUCACUGCCAAACUGGCUGCACUGAAAGCCUACUGGGCCUCUUAAACAUUGGGUCUGACCUGGACCCUCAAGAAGUGUGCAAGUGCAAGUCCUCGGCAGAACCAGAGACCCAGAAAUGCUGGAAACUUCUGACAGACAGCUGGAAAAGGGGAGUGGACUUGCUGUACACAAACAUGGAAGAACUCCUGCCCUUGCCUGUCUGCAUCCUGGAGACAUGCAGCCGAGGACCACAGGAGGCACCAAAGCAAAGUUCCCUGCAGCAUCACGUAGAGGUCUGUGAGCUCUCAGAUGAGGCCAGCCCAACUAAGGUGUCCUCUAGGAUAAGGAGGAAGAGAUGUCUAAGCCAUACAGACCAAGCUACCCCUGUGUUGGACUCUGAUACAGAUGAUGAUUUCCUCUCGCUGCCCAAGUCCACACAGGCAGCCACUAUUUCCAAGCCCGAAGAAACAUCUGAUAUGUCCACCAGAGUUCUGCUGAAACACAGUGAAGAGAAGCCACCCGCACCUGAGAAAUCCUCCAGGGAACUGAAUAACACAGAGCUCUCCCCUGAGCAGCGCAGGGCCUCUACGCUGGUGUCCUGCUGCCUGGAGUCUAUGGCAGAAUUCCUUGAUCACAUGUCCUUCCUGGACUCCUCGUUGAAAAACCAGGAUCUGGAGAUGGAGGGCACCUGCAGGCCAGGGGCACUGGGUUGGAUAGGGGCAGAGGUGAAGAGUGGGCUGACUGAUGAGCCGAGGGAGGCACACUCUGCAGGGUACGGCCAGUGGGAGGAAGCAGCAGAGGUCAGGGCUGUCACGGAGAGUUUGAGCUUCCAGAGGUGUCACAAAGAGGUGUCAGAAGUAUGGGUUGAAGCCCAGAAGCUUGAGCAUGAGGUACAAGACAAAGUCAUAGAGAGGCUCAGCCUUCCAGUGGCCCUGCACAGGAAGGGCUUCAGUCUCUUUGAGUCCAGCCUCUGUGAGCCACGUGUGAUUCAGAUGCGAGGUGAUGUCCUGAGGACAACCUCCAGCAGAGUGCUAAGCAUGCUCGGAAACAAACCUGCAGCAGCCAUGGACUACCUACCAUCUCUACGUACAAUCUGCAGGUCAGAAAGGCUGAAGGAGCAGGGGAAGGUCAAACGCAGGUUCUUGCACUACUUAGAUGGAAUUCAUCUUGGUCUACCAAGGAACACAGUGCAGAUUCUGGCUGAGGACUUCCCUUGACUAUUGAU